CUGGAAAGAAGAUGGAGGCCGUACCUGCAGGUGAAGAUGCCUGGGGACCUGGGAUCUUCGCUGGAGCCUGCUGGAUCAGGUCAACUCGUAUCAUACUCAAGAUCGGAGGAUAGUUAACUCGAUAGGCGUCUUCUAAGUGCGAAGGAAUUUGGAUCCCUAGGUAUUUUAUGGAGGAGUUCUGCUGCUUAAACAGAUAUUUCUUCAACUAGCAGAACAUCUAAUUUAUUAACUUGGCCAGGUGGUCUUUAUAUCACACCUACACGAGUUACUGUCUGAUUACCAAACUGCAACGUAACCCAAACUGACUUGGUACCUCAUGGCAAAGAAUUCCCUGAGGAUCUAAAAAAAACAAUUAUUGCUCUACAUAAUGAUGACUAUAAGAAGAUUGCCAAGACCCUGAAACUCUAUUUGGUACAGAUGAUGUCAAGUGUGUGUGGCGGCAACCAGUUCUUUCUUUCCCCAAAACUUGUGAUCUUCCAGCUAUGUAAGGAGUCACGCCUUCCUGGAAGCUGAGAUCUGCUUCACUCCACAUCUUGCCCUCACUACCAUACAAUGACUCUGUCCAAGGAUGUUGUGUAUCCGGAUCCUAGUACUACCACCCCCAGUACGCAGCCUUCUCUGGACGGCAUGGACUUUAGCAGCAGCAGCCUUGAGCAGAUGGAGGGGGUCUUCCACAUAGUGGAACCCCCCAGAAGGUCCACUGGCAGGCUCCUUAUGCAUGGUAUGGCCAUGUUCGGCAGGGAGUUCUGUUAUGCGGUGGAGGCUGCCUUUGUGACGCCCGUCUUGCUGAGCGUUGGACUCCCCAAGAGUUUGUACAGCCUGGUCUGGCUCAUCAGCCCCAUCUUGGGCUUCCUUCUCCAGCCAGUGGUGGGAUCAGCCAGUGACCACUGUCAGUCUCGCUGGGGGAGACGCAGACCUUAUAUUCUUGGCUUGGGGAUUAUGAUGGUUUUGGGGAUGACCUUAUACCUCAAUGGCGACACAGUGAUCACUGCUGUAUUUAGGAAUAACAUCGACAGCUCUGAGAAAAGAACGUGGGCUAUUGUCAUCACAAUGCUGGGAGUCGUAGCGUUUGACUUUGCUGCGGACUUCAUCGAUGGACCCAUAAAGGCCUAUCUGUUUGAUGUGUGCUCGCACAAGGACAAGGAGAGAGGACUGCACUACCACGCGCUGCUCACUGGAUUAGGAGGAGCUUUGGGUUAUCUCACUGGAGCAAUAGACUGGGGACCCACCUUUCUGGGAAGAAUGAUGGGUUCUGAAUUUCAAGUCAUUUUUUUCUUCUCGGCCACGGUCUUCCUUCUGUUUCUUGCCGUACAUUUGUGCAGCAUUCCGGAGACUCCGCUGAAAGAUGAAAUGUCUGAGACCAAACUACUCCUAAAGCAUGAGGUGUUUAACGCUUAUGGGUCUACAGACACCACACAGAAGAACAUCAUCGAGCAGAAGGAACCCAGAAUAAGAACUAUAUCUUAUGUACAAGGCGAGGAGGAGGAAGAAGACGACACAAAGGCCCGCAAGCGAAUGACUCUAAAGUCUCUGAUCCAAGCUCUCUUAACAAUGCCCUCACAUUAUCGCUACCUGUGUGUGAGUCACCUCAUUGGAUGGACGGCUUUUCUCUCCAACAUGCUUUUCUUUACAGAUUACAUGGGACAGAUUGUAUACCAUGGAAAUCCAUAUGCACCACACAACUCUACCGCAUACCUUAUCUAUGAGCGGGGUGUAGAAGUAGGAUGCUGGGGCAUGUGUAUCAAUGCAAUCUCCUCUGCCUUGUACUCCUACCUCCAGAAGGCUCUACUGCCGUACAUUGGAUUAAAAGGUCUUUAUUUUACCGGAUACCUCCUUUUUGGAUUAGGAACGGGCUUUAUAGGAUUAUUCCCCAAUGUUUACUCAACACUGGCCCUGUGUUCCCUCUUUGGGGUGAUGUCAAGUACACUGUAUACUGUGCCCUUCAACCUGAUCUCUGAAUACCACAGAGAAGAGGUGAGUUGCCAUAAGGAUGAAGCACAGCUGGAUGGAAAGAUGACAGAUGUUCACCGAGGCAAAGGAAUAGACUGUGCGGCUCUUACCAGCAUGGUGCAGCUGGCUCAGAUUAUUGUGGGCGGUGGUCUCGGAUUCUUGGUCAGUCUUGCGGGGAGCGUGGUGGUCGUUGUUAUUUCUGCCUCUACCGUGUCGUUGAUCGGAUGCUGCUUUGUCGCAAUCUUUGUCAGAUAUGUUGAAUAAACCCCAAACCUGA